GGCGACAGUUACCACGGAGACCAAACAGCGGUCAUGUGAGUUACGUUGGCCGUACACCCCCCGGUGAGUGUGUCCUGUGGCCCGGGGCCCCGCAUUGUCAUCUCUGGAGAAGGUGUAGGUGAAGAAUAAGGCAGCUUGUACUCCGCGUGCUAUGAAAUCUCAGUAAAUCGUCACACCGGCCCACCGAUUACUGCUGGCUGCAGAAUGAAGAAACUGAACUCGGAGCCUUUGCCCAAGAGAAGAGAAGAUGACAUCUUGUAUAGUGUCUGCCAGAUGCCUGGUUUUCCUCAGGAUGUACAAGGCCAUAGUCGUGCUGGUUUACUAGAAACUACUGAGCAGUAUCUAAAGGACAGGAUUGAAAAAGGAGACAAACAGGCCCGCUUCCUUCUGGGACAGCUCUGCUUUGAGGAGGGCUGGUAUGAAGAUGCAUUAUUUCACUUUGAAAAAGUCAAAGAUGAGGAUUAUCAGGCUUUAUACCAAGCAGGAGUAAUGUAUUAUGAUGGUCUAGGAACUCAAGAAGAUCAAAGGAGAGGAGUGGAGUUCAUGAAGAGGAUCAUCAGCUCCAGCAGCCACCGAGCCAAGCACCUGAAAUAUGCAGCUGCGUACAAUCUAGGGCGAGCGUGUUAUGAAGGCUGCGGGAUGCGUCACUCUGACGAAGAAGCAGAGAGAUGGUGGCUGAUCGCUGCAGAUAAUGGAAACCCCAAAGCCAGCAUGAAAGCCCAGACUGUCCUAGGAAUGUUCUACUCCCGACCUCCCAACAAGCAUCUGCAAAAGGCUUUCUUCUGGCAUUCAGAGGCUUGUGGUAAUGGCAGCGUGGAGUCGCAGGGAGCCCUCGGUGUGAUGUAUUUGUAUGGCCUGGGAAUACAGCGGAAUCUGAACUCUGCACUGGAGUGCCUGAAGGAAGCAGCGGAACGUGGAAGCGUGUAUGCACAGGGGCACCUGGUCAGCUACUACUACAGCAGGAAGCUGUAUACAAAGGCAGCUGAGCUAGCCAAGAAGAUUAUACAAUAUGAUAAGGUUGACCUUCUAGAAAAUGCAGAAGAUUGUCUUCCUGUGUACAUCGCCAAAGGAAUUGCUAUGGCCAACUUCUACCUAGCUAGGUGUCUCCAUCUUGGUUUGGGCAUAAAGACCGACACAGCUGCAGCAAAACAAUACUACAGAAAGGCGUCCUGUGUUGAUGCAGAGGUAACCAGUGAUCUCCAGUGUGAUGUAAUAUACGGAAAGUUAUAGCAGUGAGUUUCUCUAGCGCUUCAGACUGACUUAUCUCUUCACAUUCAUCAGCGUGGACUACAGUCACAUCACCAUCCUGCACAUUAGACGCAAGAUCUUUUGUCAAGCCACAAUGAUUUGUGAACAAUAUUAAAUGCACACACUGAGUAACGCG